GAGGGCUGUAAAAACCUGAUGUGAUGCUCCUCAUCUGUGCUGGCAUCCCUGGAGAAAAGGGCUGGGAAGGGACCUGAUGGACUGGCAAGCAGUGAGCACAGCUCACAGCAGUGACCGUUCCCACAGCUGCUGCUUCGCUCCCACACAGGGUUCAGUCCUCUGUGGUGCCUCUUAUUGUACUCAUGCCUGUGUUCUGCAGCCACUUCCUUCACUCCUUUGUGUGCCUGAGCUGUGAGGAUUUGCUUGCAGUGGGAUGAGGCUGAGCAGCUCAUGUUUCGCUUUGUGCAAGUUCUGUUUUUCAGGGAUGAGUGUGGCUGAACACUGCAGGACAGCUGGGCUGUGCACAGGAAGGUGUGUGUGCCUCCUGUCCCAUGCUGCAGCCGGUGGGAGCUCAGGUUUUACCUCUGGUGCAGUGCAGGUUUGAGUUCAAACACAGCCCAGCAAGACCCAGAGCAGAGCUUCGUUCAUGGAAGGUCUGCCUGGAUCGGGGAAGUGCAGGGCGGGAGCUCCGGAUGUCGGUGGUUUGUGGAUUCUCAGCUCUUGGCUGUGCAUUUGUUGCUUCAUUUCCCCCUCGCCUUCAGAGGCAGCACCUCAUAGUUCACACUGUGCCAGCAGCCUCUAUAGCACCCAGCUAAAAGCAGUGCGAGUGCCUGUGAGUGCUGCUGCAGCCGGACAGGCAGCCAGUGAGGAGCUGAGCCCACUGCAGAGCAGAGACCUUCGUGCUGUGCCUGGUGAGCAGCAAAGGGCCCAGGCUGUCGGGGGGCAGAGGUGCAAAAAGGAGAAGUCCUGGGGUCACGCAGGUGGCAAACAGAGUCUGGUCUUCCCUCGAGUCUGACGGAGUGUCUGCUCCUUCACAGGCUCCUGUUUCUCCUCCUCCCUUUCACCUAUUGCUCUGUUAAUGCCAGGCUUUGUUCACGUGGUCUUCUCUAGAGAUUGCACCAGAGGCUGUGGUUCAAGGUUAAUGUCCUGUGGAUGCUGCUGCUGUCAUCUGGGCUGCGCGAUGCCGUGAGGCUCUAAAAAGCAGCUUAACUCCUUGUCAGGUGCCGACGUCUAUCAUCUCUGCACAUGUCGUGGCAGGGCCGAUUCCCCUUUUUCUCCCCUAAGAAAAACUAUCCACAGAAAUAGAGGAAGGGUCCCAUGCAACAAGCACCAGAAAAGCACAGUGUUCACUCAUGCUGGAAAUGUCAGGUGGCAGAAAUCAGGGAGAGCUGCUGGCUGAGCCUGGCUGUUGGUGCUGAGCAGCCGCUCUGGGGGCACCUGGGCUCAGGGCUGUGGCUGGGCAGCAGCAGUCGCGGCUCUGGUGUCCCUUGCUCUGUGUUGUGAUUCCCUGUUCCCAACCCAUCCUGGAGCCCGUGGGCUCUGCUGUACAGAAAGGGGGCCAAAUGGAGCGGCCUCAAGGAGCGGCGCCGGCUUCCUCCCACACCCACCGACCCCCGGCAGCUCAGGGCUGGGCGCUGCUCCCAGCCCCACUGCCCCCAUCUCGGCUGGCGCCCACCAGGGCUGCCUGUGGGACGGCUCUGCUGUCAGCCACGUGCCAGCCCCGCGCGGCCCUGCUGACGUGUCGCUUCGGGCUGUCUGCAAAAAUCAAACCGCUUUCUGGGGGAAGUGAGCCCGUGCUGAGGCUCAGUGGUUCUCUGUGCCUGUGCUUCCUGCACAGCUUGCUGUCCCCUCGUUAGGCUGAGUUUGAUUUCUAUUGAUGCCGCUCACUUGCAAAUUGCUCCUUCCUCGUUUCUGUUGCUUCCUGGCAGUCUCCGCCUUCCGCACUUACUGUAAGCUCUGCAGCUCCUUCCCUGCCCUCGGGAGCAGGCGCAGGGCUGACUGCAGGGCGUGCAGAAGGGACUGGCAGCAGAUCAAAGCCCCGGCCUUGUUGCUGCGACCUGCGUGCCCAAGCCUCUUCCUCUUCCCCCUGGCACGAAGGGUUCCGGAGCCGGCCAGGAUGGCGCAGUGGAACCAGCUGCAGCAGCUCGACACGCGGUACCUGGAGCAGCUCCACCAGCUUUACAGCGACAGCUUCCCCAUGGAACUGCGGCAGUUCCUGGCCCCGUGGAUUGAGAGCCAGGACUGGGCAUAUGCUGCUAACAAGGAGUCGCACGCCACGCUGGUGUUCCACAACCUGCUGGGGGAGAUUGACCAGCAGUACAGCCGCUUCCUGCAGGAGUCCAACGUCCUGUACCAGCACAACCUGCGGCGCAUCAAGCAGUUCCUGCAGAGCAGAUACUUGGAGAAGCCGAUGGAAAUAGCCCGCAUCGUGGCUCGCUGCCUGUGGGAAGAGUCACGGCUCCUCCAGACAGCUGCCACCGCAGCCCAGCAAGGGGGACAGGCGACGCAUCCAACAGCAGCUGUAGUGACAGAAAAGCAGCAGAUGCUGGAGCAGCAUCUGCAGGAUGUAAGGAAGAGAGUGCAGGAUCUGGAGCAGAAGAUGAAAGUGGUGGAAAAUCUCCAGGAUGACUUUGAUUUUAACUACAAGACUUUGAAAAGCCAGGGAGACAUGCAGGACCUGAAUGGAAACAAUCAGUCGGUGACGCGUCAGAAGAUGCAGCAGCUGGAGCAGAUGCUCACAGCGCUGGACCAGAUGCGAAGGGGUAUUGUGAGCGAGCUGGCAGGACUGCUGUCAGCCAUGGAGUAUGUGCAGAAGAUGCUGGCAGAUGAGGAGCUGGCAGACUGGAAGAGACGGCAACAAAUUGCCUGCAUUGGUGGCCCACCAAAUAUCUGCUUAGACCGGCUCGAGAACUGGAUAACCUCUCUUGCUGAAUCACAGCUCCAGACCCGGCAGCAGAUCAAGAAACUGGAAGAGCUGCAGCAGAAGGUGUCCUACAAGGGCGACCCAAUUGUCCAACACCGGCCAAUGCUGGAGGAGCGGAUCGUGGAGCUGUUCAGGAACCUGAUGAAAAGUGCUUUUGUGGUGGAGAGGCAGCCCUGCAUGCCCAUGCAUCCUGACCGGCCUCUGGUCAUCAAAACCGGUGUGCAGUUCACCACCAAAGUCAGAUUGUUGGUGAAGUUUCCAGAGCUGAACUAUCAGCUGAAAAUCAAAGUCUGCAUUGACAAGGACUCUGGUGAUGUUGCAGCACUUCGGGGGUCCCGGAAGUUUAACAUCCUGGGGACAAACACCAAGGUCAUGAACAUGGAGGAGUCAAAUAACGGCAGCCUCUCAGCAGAGUUCAAGCACCUGACCCUGCGGGAGCAGCGGUGUGGUAAUGGAGGCAGAGCCAACUGCGAUGCUUCACUGAUUGUGACUGAGGAGCUGCAUCUCAUCACCUUUGAGACUGAGGUGUACCACCAGGGGCUGAAGAUCGAUCUGGAGACCCACUCGCUGCCUGUGGUUGUCAUCUCAAACAUCUGCCAGAUGCCUAAUGCCUGGGCAUCCAUCCUGUGGUACAACAUGCUGACCAACAACCCCAAGAACGUGAACUUCUUCACCAAGCCACCCAUUGGGACGUGGGACCAGGUGGCAGAGGUGCUGAGCUGGCAGUUCUCCUCCACCACAAAGCGUGGUCUCAGUAUCGAGCAGCUGACAACCCUGGCAGAAAAACUUCUAGGGCCAGGUGUGAACUACUCUGGCUGUCAGAUCACCUGGGCCAAGUUCUGCAAGGAGAACAUGGCUGGCAAAGGGUUCUCCUUCUGGGUCUGGCUGGACAACAUAAUUGACUUGGUGAAGAAAUAUAUCCUGGCGCUGUGGAAUGAAGGGUACAUCAUGGGGUUCAUCAGCAAGGAGCGGGAGCGAGCCAUCCUGAGCACCAAGCCUCCAGGAACCUUCCUGCUGCGCUUCAGCGAGAGCAGCAAGGAGGGUGGCAUCACCUUCACUUGGGUGGAGAAGGACAUCAGCGGAAAGACUCAGAUCCAGUCUGUGGAACCUUACACCAAACAGCAGCUGAACAGCAUGUCAUUUGCGGAAAUCAUCAUGGGCUACAAAAUCAUGGAUGCCACCAACAUUCUGGUGUCUCCCCUGGUGUAUCUGUACCCGGACAUCCCAAAAGAGGAGGCAUUUGGGAAGUACUGCCGCUCUGAGAGCCAGGAACACUCAGAAGCUACUGACUCAGGUAGUGCUGCUCCAUAUCUGAAGACGAAGUUCAUCUGUGUCACCCCCACCUCCUUCAGCAAUACCAUUGACCUGCCCAUGUCCCCACGCACUCUGGACUCACUGAUGCAGUUUGGCAACAGUAGCGAGGGAGCAGAGGCCAACGCAGGAGGGCAGUUUGAGUCGCUGACCUUCGACAUGGAGCUGACCCAGGAGUGCGCUGCUUCGCCCAUGUGACGCGCUGUGUUGGCGCCUGCAGGACCUGCGUGGCUCCAAAUCGUUCUCAGUCACAUUUGCUCGGGGCCUUUUCUCGGGAGGAGCUGGGGGCUGUGAUCCUUGCCACUGAUUCCUUGUUUCACCCAAACAAACAGACGCCUCGCUGCAGCGGUCCUGUUUGCCCCUUUGGGAGAAAGGGGUUGAACCUUCUUCUAUUUCCUUCCAUAACGGUUUUUUAUUAUUGUUUUGCUCAUUCAAGUGCCUAUUAGCCUCCGAUUGCAGCCUCACUUUUUACAAAUGCUUCUGCAGCCCCUACUGUGCUGCCUGCUGUUGAAAGCUGCUUUCUUGACUGCCGGUGUCUGGAAGCCCACAGUCCCAUGAGUCUGGAUCUGAGAGGGCAUCAGCCAGACCCAGUCUCCUUUGGGUGACCUGCUGUGCUGUGCAGCAGCUGCCCAGCAGCUCUCAGAACCUGCAGAGGGAUCUCAUCUCUGUUCUCCCUUCGCCCCACUUGUGGCCCAGAGGGGCAGCGAGUGGCUCUGUGCUGCAGGGUGGAGGAGCCCAAGGCUGAUGUGGAGGGCUUUGCUGUGUUCUGCCAGGAGCAGGGAGUUUCAGUGCUUACUGCUGCGUUCCUGCUAUGGGCAGAGGCAGGGCCAGAUCCAGCAGCCCUGGGCAGCGCUGCUUUCCCUGUGCUGCAGGGCCCUGGGGAGGGGCAGGGAGGCAUCUUAGCAGCACUGUGUGCUUGUGAACACACAGCAUCUGCAUUUUUGGUCCUUCUUAGGACCAGGAGGCUGCUCUUACCCCUGGCUGGCCCCUUGGCCGGAUUCAUGACAGGAGCACAACUGCUUUCCCUGUGCAGAGUGAGACCUUUCAGAUAGGGGGGCAGGGGCUGCUGCUGUGCAAUAUGCCCUGCAGUGGGUGACCGGGCUCUCUGGCACAGUGUAUGAUGUCCCAGGCAGUGGGUUUGCAGCUUCUCAGGGGCUUUGUGUGGCACUUUGGAGGUUGGCUGUCACUGUUAAGUUAGGAGGUGGCAAGGGUUGAAGAAAGGAUGGGCAAAGGAGAGGAAUCUGCUGGGGGCAGCAGCCAUGGGUGUUGGUGUAGCAGGCAGUAAGGCUCCUUGUGCUGGAGGUCAGGGGAAGUUGGGAGCUGUGCUGGCUGAUGGUGGUUCUGUAUUUACUGAAGUGUAGGGAGCCCUCCUGUCCUUCCCAGGCGUGGGCUUUGGUUCUGUCCCUGAGCAAAGAUGGGAGGGAGCAGCAGUGUGAGGGUCGUGUGCUUCCCCAGAGCAGCAGGAUGCCCUGUGCAGGAAGGGGGGACAUGGAGCAGCACAGCAGGGCUGUGGGACACGGCAGCGGUGGGUAACAGCCGAGGAACUUGUGGGCAGCAGCACAGGGCUGUGAUGGUGUUGGCGCUCUGGCUGCAGAUGCUCUGUUUGUUCCUGUGGCAAUGCUGCGGUGCAGGAGGGACCCUGUCCAGCAUCUUCAGUGCGUGGCUCCAGAUUUUCUACCCAGAAAUGAUGCUGGGAUGCACAGACGGCCCUCCUGCGCCUGUGCACAGCGUUGCUCCGAGUCCCAUCAGCUGUGCAGGAAGCUGCGGCAGGGCCAAGAACAGCAUCCACCUGUGCCCCCUCCCUGUGGGGAGGGGGCUGCGGCCCCUGGGCAGCGCCGGGCACGGUGUGAGGGCAGGGGGGGCUGCGGGGCUGCCCGUGGCACGGGACGCAGAGGCCCUUUGCAGUCAGUUGGUGCUCAGAGGAAAUAAGGCCUGUUGCUUGUCCCUGUGCUGGCGUGUCGCUGCCGUCAAUGGAGCCCCUGGGCCACAUUCAAUACUGUAAAGAUUUUUAAUUUUUUGUAUAUUUUAUUGCUGUAUCUACAGGCUUUGACUUUCUCCAAAAUAAAGGCUCUGAAGCAGCCCUGUCUGCCAUGCCUCUCCCUCA